UGCAUGACAUUUUGACGCGUAUUAAGUAACGAAUGGAAUAAUUUCUCAUUAAAAUGGAUAAUUCUACGAAAUACGUAAUAUUUUGUAAUUAGAUUGUAUCAUGAUCAGUAAAUACGUAACAUUAGCUGUGAAGGAGCUUACUUUGAGUUAUCAAAAUUCGCAAAGAUGGCUGAAGAAAGUGACAGGAUUCAACUGCCACCCGGUUGGGAAUGCAGAUAUGAUACUCGAAGUGGACGUCCAUAUUUCAUAAAUCAUUUUAAUCGAACAACAACAUGGGAAGAUCCAAGAGUAAGGUACUGGCAGUAUUCUCAGUAUGUACAAUCACAAAACUCAAUAGCACUGAGUUCUGCUACUACUUCCCAAGAUAUACCUAUGCAGUCCGGAGGAAAUGGAGGUGGUGGACAUUUAGGUUAUACAGGGGCUCACAGAGCACCGCAAAUUUAUCCAACACCGUCUCCCUAUCUUAAUCCGCAAUUUGCGUUUUUACCUCCUAGUUUACAGGAGCUGAAAACUCCCUUAUCACUGAAAUCAGUUAGUGCAAUGACAAACAGAUUUGGGGAUAUGACGUUAAGAUCACCAACACCAAUAAAGAACAUGGAGACAAGUUUAACACAGAAUUCAGAUUCUGAGCUACAAGUUGCUAAAAUCAAUGCCAUGUUUCCAACAGUCUCUGACAUCCACAUUCGAUUUCUUUUAAGAAAAUACCAUAACAGAGCAGCUUUGGUUGUCAGCGCUCUCCAAGUGGAAAAGAAUCCCCUCUGUGCUCCUGGACCAUGCACAGCUGUGGGGGUGCAUUCAAACUAUGCAAUACCAAGAUGGCGAUUACCGGCUCAUGCCAUACAUGCAGCUCUAACAUUGAGUCCACCACGAGGGGUCCGGCCAGCCCCUAACUCCCCAAAAAUGAAACUUAGGUACCUGAAAAAUGUAUUUCCAAAAGUGGAAGAGACUAUGUUACUUGAUAUUUUGGAACAAAGUGAUAACAAUGUUCAGAAAGCUUCUGAAAAACUGAUUGAUUUAGGCUAUGAAAAGCGAAACCCUACAGCUCCUAAAUCAUUAGCAAAGAGAAGAGAAGAGGAACAAGCAAAGAAUGAACAAACUGCACCUACACCACCACCGCGUAUGAAAAGUUUAGAAGAGAAAAAUAAAAUGAAAGCACGUUUAAUGGAAAAAUAUAAGUCAGUGCCAGAAAGAGUAAUAGUUCUUGCUAUGGAUAGUGUUGACUAUGAUGAAGAAAGAGCAAUACAUAUAUUGAACAUCAUGGUUGCAGAAGAAGCUACAAAACCUCUGUGCACAUCCAGCAGUCAUAGUAGUAGGAGCGAUGAAAGGAAAGAAAGUCCUCCAAUAACUGAAGCUGUAAAAUUAACUGCAUCACCAGUUAAGAAAAUAGUAAAGGAUGUAGAUUCGGAAAAAUCUAAACGAUCUAAAACUAAAAUAGAAAUACCAAAAGUUUCUCGAGGAACCAGUACCACAGAAGAUAAUGAAUAUAAAUCUCCAUAUUUAACCAAACCUGUUGGACCAAACUCCGAUUUACCAAAAGGAGCUAAUAACGAUUUACUUUUACCUGAUUAUGUACCAUGGUCAGGACCGGAUCCAAAUUUAUUAGUAAAUGAAAUAUUCAGCAAAACAAUAGCAAAUGGACACGAUGCAAGUUUAGUUUCUGGGAGUCGUUAUGUUGCAAAAGGUCCGAAUCCAGAAAUGAGGAAAGGUCCACUACAAGGAUUAACACAAGGUUCCAUUUAUUCUCAAAGAAACGUGGCUAAUACUGAAAGUCGUGGUAAAUGAAAUAUAUGUAAUUGCUUUUUUCUUAAUUUCUAUGUUUGUUAAAGUAAAAAGAUUGUUAUGUUUUAAUUUUAUGUACAUCGUGUUUUGUUAUAUAUUAUUUUAUUUAAUAUAUU